AUGCAAGUCCCUCCACUUGCCGCCUUUGCCGCACUGCUCCGCCAGCCUGGUGAAGGCGUCGCAGAGUGUGGGCAGCGUGGUGAGGAAGACCUUGGCGCACUUCUCACCUUCUUCAUCGGUGAACGUCUGCCCGGCGUAGGCGGAGACGUACGCACAUGUGAACUCGGCGGCGAACUUUGUGAGCCCCUCCACCAGGCCGUCCAGCACGGGGGUAGAGGGCUUGGCGAAGCUCUCAGGUCGCAGGUGACUCAGCGCUUCGGUGAGUUUGCGGAGCAGCGCUUGGAGUCUGUGGUCGAAGCUCUGUGUCUCGCAAAGAUAAUUGAGCAGGCUGUUAAGAUCGCUGUGCACGGCGUCCCACUCGGCGGCGUAGGGCUCUUCUGA